GAUGGCCUUUAGAAGCACAUUUUCUCGAAUUCACACGUUGGUAGUCAUGUAUAAUAUUGUACGUAGUAUUAUUAAGCUCACUGUAAAGGCCUUUAUGAAUUCAGGAAUUGGAUUAUUGACAUUCACCAGGAAUAAUGCACAGAGAUAUUAAACCUCACAACGUCAUGAUCGAUCAUGAACUUCGAAAACUUCGUCUGGUUGACCGGAGGCUUGCUGAGUUCUAUCAUCUUGGUAAAGAGUAUAAUGUCAAAGUAGCCUCGAGGGGCCUGAACUACUUAUAGAUUUGCAAGACUACGAUUAUUCAUUGGUUAUGUGGGGUCUUGGCUGCAUGUUUGCUGGAAUGGUAUGAGAUUUUUUGUGCAUACUCUCUUCUUAAUGCCGAAUUUAACAUGAAAUUUAAUUUGUUUAACCUGCAGAUUUUCAGGAAAGAGCCCUUCUUCUAUGGCCAUGACAACCAAGAUCAACCAAUUUCAAUUGCAAAGGUUCUUGGCACAGAUGAAUUGAAUGCAUAUCUUAACACAUAUAAUUUGGAGCUCGAUCCUCAACUUGAUGCUAUAGUUAGAAGACACAGUAGGAAACUGUGGUUGCGAUUUAUCAACUCAGACAACCAGUAUUUGGGAUGUCCUGAGGCCAUUGAUUUUCUUGAUAAGCUUCUUCGUUAUGAUCAUCGAGACAGGCUUACAGCUAAAGAAGCUUUGCCGCAUCCAUACUUCUUCCUGCUUCCUGGUCAGCGCUGCCGAAAAUAGCAGGGUGCGCACACAGUAAUGAAAGCCUCUCUCUCUCAUGCAUGUGGUGUUGUAAUGGUUUAUUGUAGUGACGGUUAUGUAGUUGCCAAAGGCCCUGUGAGUACAUUGCUUGUUGUAACAUUGACAUGAUUAUCGCGUACUGAAAAUGCACUUGUUUAUUAACCAUUAGGAAUUUAAAGAGCAAAAAUUGACAGUGUUUUAGCUGUCGUAAAUAAUGGAUUAAUGCAAAAGAUCAUAAUAAUGGACUGCUGCAUUU